GCAGGAAUCGGCCAUGACGAACCAGACAGCGGCGGCAGCGUGCCAGCUCCCUCCAGCCGAGUACCAGCUGUACUUGUUCCCGGCCGUCUACAUCUUCGCUCUUCUCUUCGGUCUCCCGGGCAACUUGGCGGCGCUCUACGUGUUCGCACUCAGGUUCAACCCCCGCACAUCCUUCAGCGUCUACAUCAGCAACCUGGCGCUGGCUGAUGUAGUCAUCCUGUGCACGCUCCCGUUCCGCAUCCACUAUCAUCUUCGUGGGAACGAUUGGGUGUUCGGUGAUGUGGCCUGUCGUGUCACAGGGGUCCUCUUCUACGCCAACAUCUAUAUGAGUAUUUGUUUCAUGACGUGCAUCUGCGUGGAUCGCUACAUCGCCACAGUGCACCCGCACGCUUAUUUGAGAAUGAGAAGCGCACGGUGCUCGCUACUCGCCAGCGCCGCUCUCUGGUGUGUGGCGGUGGUGGCCGUACUGGUUUUCAUCCUCAUGGGACCCCUGGAGACCAACACAAAUGCUUCAGGAGGCCACAGCUGCUUUGAGAACUUCACAACGCAAGAGUGGAGCUCCCGUCUGGUGGCCUACAGCCUCCUGAGCCUCAUCUUCUGCUCCUUGCUGCCAUCCGCCAUCAUCCUGGUGUGCUACCCGCUGGCUGCUAGGCGCAUCUCCAAGAUCCGCACCAUGACGGCUCGCAGAGCCCUGAGGAUCAUUUACACCAUCCUGGCCAUCACGCUUCUGUGUUUCCUGCCCAACCAUGUGGUCUACCUGCUGCACUUGCUGCGCCGCUUGGAAGUCAUACAGAGGUGCGCCCCCGCCAACGCCAUCCACGCUGCCAGGAGGGUCACCAUGGCCCUCGUUAUCCUCAACACUUGCCUGGACCCUCUGCUCUACUACGUCACCACCAGCCACUGUACGUGGAAGCCCCUGAGGAGGACUUGGCUGUGGGGGCGAGUACGGAGGCGCCGUGGCAUUUAUACAAUCACGGUUGGAUGAGAUAUGAUUCGUUUAGUUUAGGGAACACUUUGGGGAAGAACCUUUUCUAUUCCCAGUGUACAAAGCAAGCUCCAUGAGGACAUGCUUGGAGGGGUUUGGUGCGGAAGAACAAGAACAGGUCCAACAUCACAACAUC